CAAACGGUCGGCGUCUCUGCGAUUCCAGUGAAAGAUAACCGCAGAGGAUCAAAACCCAGUACCGACUCUCCGUAUAAAAGUGACAGGAUAUUUUUCGGCUUCUCCGUGUCUAUAAUCGGAAAUUGCCAUAAACCCUAGCCCCCCUCUCUCUUAAAACCCUCCUUUUCAUCUCUCUCUCUCUCUCUCUGCCUUCUAUUCCGUUGCAGGUUCUUGGAGUGCACAGUAGCAGUCGACGGUCGAAAUGGCAUUUUAUGGUAGACUUGGAAGUCUCAUGAGGCAGACCGUUUCGCAGCCAAGUGGGCAAGUUCCCAUGACAUCUAUGCUUAACACCAUUCGUUGCAUGUCAUCUUCAAAGCUUUUCAUUGGAGGUCUUUCUUAUGGAACGAAUGACGAUUCUCUCAGGGAUGCAUUUUCGGGCUUUGGUCAAGUUGUGGAGGCUAGAGUCAUCACUGACAGGGAUACAGGUAGAUCAAGAGGGUUUGGCUUUGUGAACUUCGAUAGUGAAGAAUCAGCCAGCUCGGCCGUGUCUGCAAUGGAUGGACAGCCUCUUGACGGGCGUAACAUCCGUGUGAACUAUGCUAAUGAUAGACCAUCUGCCCCUAGAACUUAUGGUGGUGGUGGAGGUGGCGGAGGCGGCGGCUAUCGUGGCGGUUUUGGUGAUACCAGAGAGAAUGAUGGUUUCUGAGCACUGUUAAUCGGACUGCCAAUCGGUAGCAUGGGCUAUGUUAUGUUUCAUUUUCUAGGGCCAUUAGAGAUGCAUUUCCAUGUUUCAAAUUGGAUUUUCCAUUGACUUGUUUUGGGUUACGAAUGCUGUUUAAGGAGUACAAGUUUGCCUGUUAUUGCCUGCAUAUGCAGUUGGUUAUUGUAUAAUCUGUUGGCUUUGUUGCUUUCCAGCGCUACACAAACCUGCUGGCAACAUUUCUAUUGUUUACUUAUGAAAUCAUGACUACGUAAAA